AUGUCGAUUGGGGCGAAUGCGGUGAUGAGUGUGCAGAAUGGCUUCACUGCCAAACUCAUCCGAUUCGUGCCUCACUUCGUCGCCCUCCGACUCAGUUGGACCCACAAUGAUCUGAAAGCCGAAGGACUGGAAAAGUUUGUUGAAGAGUAUCUCCCGGUCAUUCGUGAGAACAAUCCGCAAGUGAAAUACUUUCUUCAGCGGUCAUAUACGACAUGUGAUCCAUUUGUUGUCGGAGAAUACAACUGGCUGCGUCAUCGCAAGAAGCGAGUGAACUGGAAAUCUAAGGAGCAAGUUCUUUCAAUGGUUGAAGAAAUGUCAAUUGGAGGAGACUAUCGUGAAGGGUACAGACGAGGUGUUAAUCGUCGUCUGCCACGUGGCCAGGAGCUUUGGGACACGGAAACAAUGGGACAUGAUGUGUUCCAAGUGUCGAGCAAAUGGAAGGCUGAUGUUCUGGAAGAGGACGAACUGCCAAUUACUGCGAAGACUCAUCCACACUUCACCUACCGAAAAUAUUAG